AUGUCGGGUGAAGAUUCGCCAGUUCUAUCUAGGAAAACAUGGGCUCGUACAAUAGAACCAAUCACAAAAAUUGGAUAUAUGGACGGCGCAUCUGAUGCUCAAGCUUCUGUAUAUCAAAAAAGCUUUGAUGUAGGUUAUGAGCAAGGAUUUAAUUUUGGGUUACAAUUAGGGUUAACGGAAGCCACAAUAUGCAACAAACAAAAAGAAAUAAUGACUAAUACUCUAAUGGAUCCGAGAAAAAUAAAUUGCCAAAUUUGUUUAAAUGAAGUGAAAAGUCAAGAAAAUAUUGGCAAUUUAUAUAAUAUACAAAAAGAGAAAAAUUUAGAAUUGCUAGAGACUCAGCAAACAUUGUAUAAUUCCAUGACUCAAAAUUAA